AUGCGAACUGGCAAGGCUACCAUAACUUUACAAGAUAUUGAAAUUUUAUUCGGAAUGGUAGUAGAUGGUAGUCCUAUAAUUUUAAAUGGAGCUGAUUCUGUAGGGAUUAUAGGUAGACAAGAAAUGAUAUUUGAAUUAAUAGGAUGGUUACCCGAUACUAAUUGUUUUUCUGGUGUUAGUAGACUGUUAACAUAUAAAUUGAUUGAUUAUAUUGAAGGUUUGGAUGGUAUUAAUGAUCACUCAACUGAGCAUGAAGUGCAACAAAGAUUUAGAUUAUAUUUAUUAUGGUUAUGUGGUGGAUCAAUAUUUCCGGAUAAAUCUAAUAAUAAGAUUAAUUUGGACAUUUUGAUUGACAUGAGAAAUUUAGAUUUAAUGUCAACUCAAGCAUGGCGAGCAGCAGCAUUAUCAUAUUUGUAUAAUUGUUUAUGCCGUGCAUCAAUGAAAAAACCAAAUGAAGUUUGUGUAUUUCUCUCUUUAGUGCAGAUUUGGGCAUGGGAAAGAAUUAUUCCCCUGCAACCAUUGCCAAAGCCUCUAAGGACCAAUCAACUUGAGGCUUCAACUGCGCUUGCACGUAGAUGGACGCGACGUAGAAAUCAUCAAAAUGGGCACGAACUGUAA